AUCAAACGUACUUUUCCGCCAUUACUCGUAAAAGAACGGAUAACUUCGUUAUUGUCUAGAAAACGUGGAAGUCUACAGAAUUUCUCAUAUGAACCAUGUGAUCAAAGCUGGGGCUGGACUUGUGCUUCAUCAAAUAUAUAGAAUCAAGUCUGAAAAUGCUUCCCAGGAGUUAAUGUAAUGAAAAUGCGUUUGUCAAUAUUUCCGUGAUCUUUCCGUAAUGUCAGAAGUCGACAUUUCCGAAGAACUUCCGAAUGGAGACGACUCGGCUUUUACAGACGAUCAUCAACAACCUAACGCAGGUGGUGAUGCUGGCAGCACGGUAAAUGCCGAGAGUCCCUCAAUCAAUCACCAGGCCAUACCAUCACAACUCUACGUCGCAACGACACAAGGACUGGUUUCAGCUGAUCAAAUACAAGAGGAAAUCAAAACCACUCAUAUCGUCAUCCAUGAUCAGACUUUCGAGUCCGGGUUGAAAACUCCCACCACCCCCCUUCCCCCUCCCACUCCGGCAACCCCCCACAGCAGGGAGAAGGGGUUUAAAUACACGUGGGACGAAUCUGUACAGGGCAAUAUCCUGCCAGUGAGAUGCAAAAAUUCCAACGGGGAGCUUUACAAAAAUAAAUUCGGUUCAGGAGGAAGAGGACGAUGUAUAAAGAGUGAUGGGGUCUGGUUUACUCCGAAUGAAUUCGAGGCCCGUAGUGGGCGUGCCAGCAGCAAAGAUUGGAAACGGAGCAUUCGAUAUGGUGGCCGGACGCUGCAGUGUCUGAUUGAGGAUGGCGUGUUGCAGCCGCAUGCAACUUCCUGCACGUGUGCUGCAUGUUGCGACGAUGAGUCUGUCACUGGUCCUGUGCGAUUAUUUGUUCCCUACAAAAGGCGGAAGAAAGACAGUGAGAGUGGUCCCCCCUCACCACCUUUGUCGUCUCCGCUGCCAAUUAAGAAGCAGAGAAUCAACUCUGUGAAAUCGCCCGCCCCUCAACCAUCACAGUCCAUCACGAACGCCACAUCACCUGCAUCCCUGACUACUCUUGUACCGACCACAAACAUCAGCAAGGACCCUGGGGCUGUCAUGGUUUCCAUUGGUGGUCAGACCCACACAGCCCAGCCCAUCAAAGUGACCACAUCAGAGGGAGAAACUAUGCAGAUGCAGAUCCUGACAACAGCAGACAAUCUUGGGACAUUCCUGACAACAGGAGGUCAAAAUGUUAGAGGACAAAGUAACCAGUUUAUAUAUGGUCAAGGACACCAGCUGACAAAUGAUGCUGUUGUUAUGGCACCCAUUUCUGAUGUGAAGAAUACCAACGGUGGGAUGACAAAUGCAGCAAUUUUGUCCGUACCGGACAUGUCAGAGCAGAGGCAAUGGUGGCAAUUGGAGGAGUUGGCCAACAAUAUGUUGCUACAGGCUCAGCAGCUGAAGACAAUGAUCGAGCAGUCAAAACAACAGACACAGCUGUUCAGGGAUGCAGCUGUUCAGCAGGUCAAGACUCAAAUGGAGAAAGAAAAACAAGAGGCCUUAAAUGCCCUGAAACUGGAGCACCAGGUGAACCUAUCUCGCGCACUUAUGGCUGAGCGAGCACAGCGUCAGAUAGCUGUCCAGCAAGCUGUGGCCAAUAGCAGGUCCGACGUUAAAGACAAUAUGGAUAUCACGGUGGUAUCGUGUGAUUCCUGGUCAUCGGAAAACGGUCAGCAAGCAUCAAGCAAUGUAGUAGAAACGAUCCUAGUGACUGAGGUGGAUUCUGAAAAGGAAAAAGAAUAGGUGAAAAUGUUCUCUUUUGUCACAGAUGAAGUCGCAUACUUUAUUUUAUUAUGUUUUUUUUAACAUACCAUUGUUAGUAUUGUUCUAUAUCAAUCAUGUGACCUUUUCUCAUGUUUUAGUUACUCUCAUAGUUUCUGCAUUUGUGUAUGGUUUGAUUAUACGUUUUGAAUAAGUUCAUCUUUUCCACAUUGGACUAUUUAUGUAUACCGUGACACACAUUGGACUAUUUAUGUAUACCGUGACACACAUUGUGUCUUUAAGCACCUGAUAUUGUGUACAUAGUCAAUUAUGUUAAAACUGUAUCAACUUCAUAUUCCAUACAAUGUGCAUUUCAUAAUUUUUAACAAUAAAUAAAUCAAAGUUA